AUGGUUUUGACAAGCGAUGCGACCAGGCCAACCACGACGCCAGUCGUCACCGUCACUACUUGCUCGACGCCGACAACGACGGACGCCACCGAGCACGUGCUGUUCACCGAACCGACCGAGGUUGCGUCCAUCGCUAACGUCCGGCUUCCACAGUUUUGGCGUUACGCGCCCCGCCAAUGGUUCGUCCACACGGACGCCGUGUUUCACACGAGCCGCGUCAGGUCGGAUCUAACGCGGGUGAAUUACGUUCUCGCGUCCCUCGACGACGAGGGCAUACGCGAGGUCUCUGACCUCCUCGACGCCAGUGUCUCCUACGACCUGGUACGCGAGCGGUUGGUCAAUUUGUACACCGUGCCGGCAGCCACGCGAUUUCGGUCCAUUGUUCAGCCCGGAGACAUGGGAGACCGCACACCAUCGCGGCUCCUCAGAGACAUGCGUGAUGUCUACCCCGAGGGCAUGUCGGACUCGGCGCUGGAACAGUUCUGGCGCGCCAAACUCCCAGCAGCCGUCCGCACCGUCAUCGCGGGUUUCUCCGGACCGCUCGAAACUUUGGCCGAGCGCGCAGACCGCAUUAUGUUCGAGUGCGAAGGCCGUGAGGUCACGGAAGCUCGACCGACCCCAUGUGUGCGGUGCGCGGCAGUGUUCCCUGAGUCGCGGGAACCCAACCCGACUCCAGCGGUAGCUCCACCCGCUGUUUUCCAGACCACGUUGGAGACACGCGUGAAGACGAUCGAGUCCGCGAUCUUCAACUUGACCGAGCAAGUGUCUAAGCUCGCAUCUCAGCUCGCGCCUCCGAUACGCGCGCCCGUUACGCGCCCCGUUCGAUCCGAACCGCCGCCGCCACAACACGAGGGCAACACGACGGGUUGGUGUUACUACCACGUGCGCUAUGGAUCUGAGGCGCAAAAGUGCCGCGCUCCGUGCACCUUCGUGCCCACACAGAAAAAUUGA